UGUCAAACCAUACAAACCAUAGAUUUUGAGUUUGGAUUCUCUAACAGGAGAGGAAGAUUCGACAACAACACUCUCUCACAACUUGAAAAUUACAGGACAAAACAGAACGAAACAAAUUUUCUCUUGCACAGCAUUAAAACAGGGGAGGCAAAGCAGGCAGAACCAGAAGCCAUGGCUUCUUUAAGUUCUAUCUUUCAAGCCCCGACUUCUAUCUUUUCUUCUUCCUCCACUAGCAACUCUCUUAAUCUCCAACAAAAAGGAUUUCCUUUUCUCGUUAAAGUUGACCGGCAUCCUCAAAGGAAGAGAAGCUUUGUUUUGAAGUCAGCUCUUGAUGAGGUCAAUGUUCUUGACCCGCCACCUCCUCCCAGUGAAGAUGCUAAGAGUGAACUCAUUGCUUCUUUGAAGCUUAAAUUACUGAGUAUUGUUUCUGGGCUGAAUAGAGGUCUUGCUGCAAGUGAAGAUGAUAUCCAAAAGGCAGAUGCUGCUGCCAAGGAGCUUGAAGCAGUUGCAGGACCGGUGGACUUAUCUAGUGAUCUUGAUAAGCUGCAAGGGAGAUGGAAACUGAUAUAUAGCAGUGCAUUCUCAUCCCGGACCCUAGGAGGGAGUCGUCCUGGACCUCCCACUGGAAGGCUACUCCCCAUAACUCUUGGCCAGGUCUUUCAGAGAAUUGAUGUCUUAAGCAAAGAUUUUGAUAAUAUUGUGGAACUUGAACUGGGAGCCCCAUGGCCCCUACCUCCACUUGAAGUGACAGCCACCUUAGCCCACAAAUUUGAACUCCUAGGAUCUGCAAAUAUCAAAAUAACAUUUGAAAAGACUAGUGUGAAAACGAAAGGCACCUUAUCACAACUCCCACCCUUGGAACUACCUCGGAUUCCGGAUGCUUUGAGGCCUCCAUCUAAUACAGGGAGUGGUGAAUUCAAAGUUACCUUUGUCGAUGCCGAUAUGCGAAUCACCAGAGGAGACAGAGGCGAGCUCAGGGUUUUUGUCAUCUCAUAAUUAGUUAUAGCACCAUCUGCAUUUCCCAUGUCGUCAUCUCAAAUCAAGCUUCUCUUGUGUAUCCACAUCUUCUGCUAUCUUGUUUUGUUACAAAGGUCGAAAAACACUGAACUAGUAAUAAACUAACCAUUGACAACUGUAAAG